GCCAGCCCGUCAUGCACGCCCACAGCCUGCCGAGCCUCCUCCUGCACGCCUGGUGCGCCCUGCUCCAGGCUGGCGCCGCGACCGUGGCCCCCACACACCUACACACGCGGGGGCUGCCCGCCUCGCCGUCUCCUCUCGCUUAUAUGCUGAGCCUUUACCGCGACCCGCUGCCUCGGGCGGACAUCAUCCGCAGCCUGCAGGCGCAAGAUAUGGAGGUGGAUGGGCAGAACUGGACCUUUGCUUUUGACUUCUCCUUCCUGAGCCAAGAAGAGGACCUGGCAUGGGCUGAGCUCCGGCUGCAGCUGUCCGGCCCUGCGUACCUCGCCCCCGACAUCCCGCUGUCCAUUAAGAUUUUCCACCAGCCAAAGCUGGCCGAGGAGCAGGACCCAGCCGGCUGCCUGGAGCGUCUUCAGAUGGACCUGUUUACUGUCACUCUGUCCCAGGUCACCUUUUCCUCGGGCAGCAUGGUCCUGGAGGUGACCAGGCCACUCUCCAAGUGGCUGAAGCACCCUAGGGAGCUGGAAGAGCAGAUGUCCGGGAGAGGGGGAGCGUGUUGGAGGCGGCCCCCCACGCCGCCUGUCACCGACGCAGUCCUCAUGCUCUACUCCAAUCUCUCACCAGAGCAGAGGCGGCUGGGGGGCUCCACCUUGCUGUGGGAGGCUGAGAGCUCCUGGCGGGUCCAGGAGGGACAGCUCUCCCGGGAGAGGGACAGGAGGCACCGCCGACAUCACUUACCCGACAGAAGCCAGCUGUGUCGGAAGGUCAAGUUCCAGGUGGACUUCAACCUGAUUGGGUGGGGCUCCUGGAUCAUCUACCCCAAACAGUACAAUGCCUAUCGCUGCGAAGGUGAAUGUCCUAAUCCUGUGGGAGAGGAAUUUCAUCCAACCAACCACGCAUAUAUCCAGAGUCUACUGAAACGGUACCAGCCCCACCGAGUCCCUUCUACCUGCUGUGCUCCAGUGAAGACCAAGCCUUUGAGCAUGCUGUACGUGGACAAUGGCAGAGUCCUUCUAGACCAUCAUAAAGACAUGAUUGUGGAAGAAUGUGGGUGUCUUUGAGGAGCUCCUGGAGGAGGCUGGAUCUGCCUGUAUCCUGGAAAGUUGGGAAGCCCCUGGAAGCUAAAAUAACCAUCUAAUCCAAAGAAGAGAAAUAAAGAGGGGCAAAGUUGCUCUAUCCAUGAGACCUGAGGAGGAAAGGUUGCCCACCCUGCAAAUGAAGGCUCUGGAAUCCAACUGAAAACAGAGGCCACUGUCAGGGGAGGCAGGAGGACGCCAGGGAAGCGGGCCUGCUGGGUUUUCUCUUUAGUGAACAGAGGUGGGUAAAUGCACUAGAGCAAGAGUCUCUUUACCUGAAUUCCCAGAAAUUGCCUGCAGAGAUUGGAGGUUAUGUGCAUUUAUUUUUGAGUUGGGACAAUUUACAUAUAAUGUUUAUGUAUUCUUGAAGUUAGUCUUCAAUCCCCUCUCCCAAAUAUUAAAUUACUGUGUUAAAUUAAGAACAGUCUGUUGGCUCUUGUUGCCACAGGCUGGCAUAGGGGAGCCCCCACUCAUCUUUUUGGCUGGCCAGUGACAAUCUGUUGGCCUUGUCCAGAGAUUCCCUGGAGUGGGGCUCUGCUAAUGAGUUGCACAAACAAUAAAGCCAUUGUACAGUCCUCCUAGGCCAGCUGGUGCCUCUGAAGGAAGAAGCAGGAACACGUCCAAGAGAAGUGACCACAUUGGUCUGCAGAACUGGAGCCCUCAGACAUCCCUGAGUCAGUCUGCUUGAGUAGACAUGAUCGAGUCUAUUAAAGUUGCUGACAGUUCACCUCAGUUUCACUGUGUGCUAUUAAUGAGGCCCCUGAGUUUCCUGUCACAAGGGGAAG